UUUUAGCAAAAAAAAAAAAAAAAUCUAGAACUUUUCUGAAUAUUUACUUUUUUACUUGUCUUUACACUGUAAACUUGUUACAAACCUGAAUAACCCCACCAUGGUGCAUAUGUUAUUUUGUGUUUCUACUCAGACGUUUUAUACGUGUUAGGAUGGCGAAAUAUUCUAACAAAUUUGGUCACCUCCAAGAUUAUCUGUCUUCUUAACCCUAGUCUCUAGCAAUAAUCAUAUUUGGAGUUUAAUAUUUAUACCCAAAUUGUAUAACAUUACCAACUACUUAUAAAAUACUGUAAUUUUUUUUUUAAAUAUAAAAUUAAAAGCAGUGAUAGAAUAUUAUCAAUUCAAAGUCUCAAUGAGUAAAUGUCUUAUUUUCUAGGGAAAUUUGACCCAAUAACACUAAAAAAAAACUAUAAUUCACUAAAUAACCAAAACCUUAUCCUCUCUCCUAUUUUCUCUUCCUAUCUCUCUCUACUCUCUCUCCCAACUAAUUUCCCAAUUUGUUUUGAUUAUUUGGCAAAUAAGCCCUAUUUUCUACUAGUAUUUUUACACACUUUUGUUUUAUUUUAUUGUUUUUAUUAGUGAAAAGAAAGAAUGUUUAAAUUUUAAAUGAAAAGAAUAUUUGAUUCGUUGAGAUAGUAGCAGACAAAGACCAACAGUUGAAUAAAAGGAAAAACAGAGUAUCCGAAAAUGAUGUUGAGGCACUCUGCCCAAAGUUUCUUCUUCUUCCUCUUUACUCUGUUAUGUCUCUUUCUCGUGACUCCCAAAUGUAAAUUUCUCGCACGAAUUCUGAUACCCAAAAAAAGCUGCUCACUCUUUUCUUCACUCCCCUCUCUUUCUUUUUCUUCUGCCGAAACUUCCAUCCAUUCAUAAAGACCCUUUUACACCUUUACAAUCCAGAAAGUGGUUUAUUUGAAUAUUUCUUUUUAAGUAAAAAUGAGACUGGAGAGUAGUUUCAAGGCGUUGAAUCAGUACCGGAAGAAGAUGUUCAGGAGAGUAAAGGAGGCGGUGAUGAAGACGAAGAAGAAGAAGAAACAGACUAUGUUUCAGUAUGAUCCAUCUAGUUACGCCUUGAACUUCGACGAUGGAGGAGAGGUUCCUCAAAGAUUCUCCGGCGACUUUAAACACGGCAAGAUAACUUUGAUUUACGUUGUCUCUGUCAAAUUUUGAGAAUUUCUCUUUCUUUCUUUUCACAUUCGGUUACAGUUUUGAAGCAGUCCACACUUGUUUCAGUGUCUCCCUCUCUCUCUCUCUCUCUCUCUCUGUCAUUUCUUGUUUUUUUUUCAAGUGUAGGAAGACUAUUUUACUAAAAACUUGAAUCCUUUGUUUACAUGUUACUCCAAAAGAUCGGAAGCUUUGGUUCUCUUAAACUCGAGCCAAGCUUCUAGAAAUGAUUUAUUUAUGAAGCAUUUUUGUUACUAA